UCGUGUGUUCCGUCAGAUACUCUGCUGUACACUCAUAGGCCCCAUUCAACUUCAUUCAAGCGCUAUACCUAUCUAUCUGUCUAGAUGUGACCAUAGGCCUAUUGCUCGCUUUUUGGGAUAUACAGAAUUUCAGGAACAAUAUCAACAAGACCAUUGAUAAUAUUUACGCAUUUUUUAUGGCUUGCCCAAGGGGUCAAGGACUUGACGUCGUCCUCUUCAAUAUCGUUUUUACUCCGUUUUAUAUGCAUUACGAUUGUUUACAUUUGUAUGUUUGUUCAUGAGUAAGGUUGAUACAAAGAGUUGGAAUGAUAUAAAACUACUAUUCGGGGCGUGUUUGUACCUCACCUCUUGUGAUGCCGUUUAAAAGAUGAACUAACAAGAAGUUGAAAUGAUAAACCUUACUGAUCAAGGCGUAGGUGAACCUCAUCGCUUAUGAGAUCUUUUAUAAGAUGAACUAAAUGCUUGGCAAAGGCCAGCCUCUGAUUGGUUCUCUGCUCUAAAGUGAUGAAGCAUUCUCUCACCUGUAUUUAUUUCCGAUCGCAAAGUAUUUUUUCCAUUUGGGAUGACCAUAUUCAGAAGUGGGUUUGCGCAGCCCGAAAUACAACAUAUUCAGAACGAUGCUCUUUGGAUUUUUUGACCGUGUAAAAAUCGAAAGAACUAGACAACAUAGUCCUACGAUAAGCAAAAAAAAAAAUCUGCAACGAAAAAAACGUGAUAGCAACCAACCAAUCAGAUAAUCCGACAAGAAAAUCACAUUCUAUUUUAUUCAACUCGGCAAGCAUAUACCUACAUUUCAAUUCUAACUUUACUGACGCAAAUAUGUUGGCUAGACAGGGCCUGGUUUCGAACUCAGAUAUGACUAUUCAUUUUUCAUCAAUUCGUAACUUGUUUUUCGUCAGUCAUCUGUGUCUAAUUAUCAUUUCGUCAACGUCGUCGGCUCAGCAAGUGCGUCGCAGACGCUUCUUUCAAGAUUUACGGCCUACUUAUAAUUGGGACCCAGAACAAAAUGUUGUCAUAUCAGAAUCUAGAGCCAAGAAAUUUCUACAAGAAUUUGGUUAUAUGAAAAAGUUCGACAGAAAUUCGAGAAAAUGGAAGUUUACAGAUUGGAAAUACGAUGGGCCGUAUCCGUCUAAGAAAGAAUGGCAUGAAUCGUCUGAUAGUGAAAGUUUUGCUAUUACAGAAGAUUGGGAUUUUGAGGUUGAGAGAGAAACCGUAAUGGAUCCAGAAAGUAGUGAAAAUAAAGAAGAACAGAAAUUAUAUCUAGAAGCGAUAGCAAAAUUUCAGAAACAAAAUAACCUGCCUGUUACAGGCCAAGUUGAUGAACAGACAAUGAAAAUGUUUGUACGACCAAGGUGUGGUGUUCCUGAUAAUCUGGGACGGUUUCUAAUAAAAAAUACGAGUAAAGAACUUGAAGGAAUAGCACCAAGUAAAAGUACUCCAACUGAGAAACCGAGAUUUCCAAAUCUACACACAAUUCUGAGAUCCUCUGCACCAAAUGUCAGGCAGAGUCAAAAGCCAGUAGAUUUAACCACACCAUCAUCUGUGGACAUGUUAACCACUGUCCUUACCUCGUAUGCCGAUGAUACUGGCGUGCCAUCGACAACGACGUCCCCCGAACCAGUUCGACGCAGGCGAGCGUUACCGCGCCCAUUGUCGUUUAAAGACAUUGUUAAACGCAAGAAACGCUCUCAAGGCAGUAAUUACAUUACACCUGGUACGCCUGAUACCAUCUUUGGUAAAACAGUAAUCACGUGGAGAAUUUACAGUAACUACCACAGUGAGUACUUGGAAUUAGAAGCCGUUCGUCACACAAUAAAGUAUGCCUUUCGAAUGUGGGCCGAGGUAUCACCAUUGAUCUUCGUUGAAGAUACAUAUGGAGAUAUCUUUGAUGUGGACGUUAAGAUCGCAUUUGCAACAGGUGCACAUUUGAAUGACAAUUAUCCUUUUGAUCCAUAUGAAGUAGAACCGACCCAAUUCUCACAUGCAUUCAUCGUAGGGGACAUUCAUUUCAACGACAACGUUCAUUUUACUAUCGAUUCUAGCCAUGGUAUUAGCCUUCUGAAGACCGCGGUUCAUGAGAUCGGACACGUCUUAGGCCUACCGCAUGUGAACGAUCUGCAACAGUCUGUAAUGUACCCUUACUACACCCCAUACGAUAAGACCAACUUUGGGUUGCAUCCUUCAGACAAGCAUGCUAUUCAGGAACUUUAUGGGAAAUGUGAUGGUAACUUCGACAGUGUAUUCGACUGGAUUCACAUGCGAGCGGAUGGAAAACGAGUCUUCAGCACAUUCUUCUUCAAGAACAGCGUCACUUGGUUAUACGAGUACAGAUAUAAUCAAACACGAAAUGGGUACCCUCUUCACAUUGACAACACGUGGCAAGGCAUCCCAAACAACAUUGAUGCGAUCGUUCAAAUUUGGAGCUCAAAUAAUGACCAAGUAUAUUUCUUCAAGGGAACGCGUGUUAUACAGUAUGACAGUAACGCACAACAAGCGUUCGAUAUCGAUCCUGCAACCGGAUUGGCUGAGGGUGAUCCAAUCAGCGAAAAGUUUCCUGGAAUUCCAGAUAACUUAGAUGCUGCCUAUUUUGAUAGGAAAGACAAAAAUAUAUACUUCUUUAAAAACUCAUCGGUGUAUGUUUUUGAUCCAGACACAAAUAGUGUGGUGUCCGACUACCCAAAACCUAUCAACCAAGUGUUCCUCGGACGUUCUGCAAACGUUCCGCCCCUCGAAAACAACAUUGACGUAGCGUAUUAUUCGUUUAAACACCGGUCAUUGUAUUUCUUUAAGGAUAAUAGGUACUGGCGUGCCUCCUACCAAACUAACACGACUGGCCAGUACCUUCGAAAAGUUGGCUACGCAGAAAAUUGGAACUUAAAAUGGAACGAUAUUUGCGAAGUUGAGUAACCAUUCCUCAUAUUAUAGGCGGGCAGUAUACAAUGAUCUGUGAAAUAACAUGUCCUGAUUUCUACACCGUAAAAACUAUAACACUAACAAUAGUUUCGUCUUUAGAACUCAUUAUGCCGAAAUCUUGUUAAUAAUUUGACGAAACACGAAUAUAAUUAAUAUUACCAUAAAUAAUGCAAUUUCUAUUUAAUUUCAUUUUCAUUUAUUCAGGCAAGUGCAUUGGGGCCCUAAAAGCAACAAAGUCACCAUGAAAAAGUCUGGAGCCCCAUAAAACUAAACUUAUCUACAUGACCAUUUUACAAAAUGACCCAUUUUACAGAUCAUUGUCUACUUAUGCGGCGAUUGUGCAAUUUCCUUCACGAAUUUCGAAGAGAUUUCUCCCAUCCGUGAAUGCAAUAUUUCGAUCAACGAAUAUUCGUUCAUAUCUAUGAUAAAUAUAAUUAUUCCACGUUCCUUAAUCCGGCCGAUAUAUUCACCUUGAAUCCAAGUGUGGAACUAAAUAUUGCAUACUGAUUAAAUAAGCUUAACGUAUGUUAAUCAUUUAGAUAUUAUUAUCUGAACAGGAACGAAUGACGUGUCUUCCGCGUUACGUCACCCACUUUUACCAGAACCGGAAUUCCAUCAUAAUAUGUUUACAAAAUACAAUAUUUCUAGUUGGUUUAAUCUGAUUAGAACAGCAACUGGGUGGAUCUCCGAGCAUAUAUGCUUAUGCCAUAUUUAAUUCAUAUGCCAUAUACAGAUUUGAAUUAUAUAACAUAUCCAUGUAGGCCUAUGUAUGAUAUGGCAUUGUAAAUUGGUAAAGCGUCUUUUCGAGUGGAUACAAAGCACUAGGAAAAUGUAAAAAGAUCAUGGUAAUGAAAACUGUUUAUGGCAUAUUUAGAUAUUUAAAGUAACAUGUACUG